CCAAAUUCAUCGAGGCAUCACAAGAGCUAAUCACUCAUUUGGUGAAGCACUUUGAAUCCAAACUCAGUUCUUGGAAAAAGAAAAUUUUUAGUCAAAGUGGUCGUUUAAUCCUAAUCAAACAUGUUCGUGCUUCUAUCCCUAUUCAUCAUCUUGCUGCAGCUAACAUUCUAAGAUCUGUCCAGAUUAUUUUGAAUAGAAUAAUGGACAGGUUCUUCUGGGGCUCUACUGAUUCCAAACAAAAAUAUCAUUGGACAAAUUGGAGUAAAAUUGCCAAACCUACAAGUGAGGGAGGCUUAAAUAUUCGUUCUUUUUCUGAUAUUCAAGCUGCUUUUCAUCUUAAAUCUUGGUGGGCUUGGCGUGAGGGUUCCUUUUUUUGGGCCUAGACCAUUUGAUUCCCCAGUUUGGAAGCAACUGUGUAAAGUACGUGACUUGGGUGAAGAUAGUAUUGAAGAAGAUGAUAAUCACAAACUUAUCUGGAAAUCAGAGCCCCUGGGAGCAUUUUCUCUUGCUCCGGCUUAUGAGCUGGUUCAUGAUUCCUCCUCAGUUCUAUUCUCGUUAGUUUCAACAGGCUUGGCAUCCCCACCAAAAGUUGAAUAUAAAGCUUUUCUUAUGGAAACGGUUGAAUCAUUAUCUUCCUUUUCCUGAGAAUUUCGGAAGAUUUUCUAUCCAGCUGGCCUCUCGAUGCCCCAUCUGUCUAUGUGCUGAACAAUCCCAAUCACAUUGCCUUUACUCCUGCAACAAAGUCAGAGGCAUUUGGGACUAUUUUAUGGGGACUCUGUCAAUUCUAAGAACUGACAAUCCUAAUAUUGGACAUAUGUUUUCUGUUGGUGGCUUUCAGCAAAAGAGAACUCUUUGAAGGGUAUAAUUGUUUGGUUUAUCUGGAAAGCUUACAACGCUACAGUGUGGGAAGAUCAAACUUUUGAAUCAGGAAAAAUUAUCUUUAACAUCAAAGAGUACUGUAAGAAAUGGAUAUUUACGCUCCCUAAAAUUAUCUGGAAGUACAUCCAUCCUUUUACUUUGAGGCGGCUCUCUGUUGAUGCGGCUUUCAAAGAUGGAUGUUGUGCAGGUGGAGCGAUUCUCUAAGAUGAAAGGGGGGACAUGAUUGCUGGUUUUUUCACGCCGAUUCGAGCAAAGACCAUCCUUCAAGCGGAAAUGUAAGUAGUUCUCACUGCCCUGAACUGGUGCCUUAAGGGGUGUUUGGAAAUGAUUCUGCUUCUUUUUUAAAAGCAGAAGCAGAAUCAGAAUCAGUUUUCAGAAGUUGAUACCCCCAGCUUCUAAAAAACUGAUUCUGAGAGUAAAUUAGAGCUCCAGAAGUGCUUCUGGAAUUUCACCCAAACACUUUAGCUUCUGCUUCUGCUCCCUGAAGGAGCAGAAUCAGUUUUGAAAAUCAGAUCCAAACACCCCUAAAUCUGGCUUCUCUAAACUUCAGCUUGAAUCAGAUUCAGAGAUGACAGUUAAGCUCCUUAUGCGGAAAUAGAGUAUACCAGCCUUUCUUCAAGCUGAUGCGUUAGUUCAAAGACUUUGUGCGUCUCUUGAUGUCCGAAUUUAGUCACACACUCUCUUGCUCAGCUUGGGAUUAUUUCGGAUGGUUUUAGAAAGUUCACUUCUAUCAAUAAGGUUCCGGAUUCAAUUGUCACUCUUAUUAAUCUGGACAAAAAUGGAAUUCCCAAUUUUAGACAAUAGAUUUGUUUUUAUUACUUUGUCCCAUUGAAUUCUGCAAACUUUCUUUUUUGGGUUGUCCCAAAAAAUCCUUCCAAAUUCCACUUUUACAAAAAAUAUGUGGUUCACAUUCAUUCACCUUUUUUCUUACACAACUACAAUUAGGGGUGGGCAAAAAUCCCGGUCCCGGUGUUCUAAAUCGAAAAAUCCCGAUACCGUUCCGAAACUAUCCCGAUCCAUUUAGGACGCAAUUAUUUCAUCCCGAACAGGUCCCGUUCCGAUAUUAUUCGGGACGAGACUGGGAUAACUAUAAUAUCAUGUCCCAUCCCGGUGUCCCGUUUGACAUUAAUAUGUUAUUUUAAAUUUCUAAUGCUAUUUAAUAGCUAAACCCAAUUAAAACUUUCUAGUCCUUAGUCUCCCUAGGGUAAUUUUAUCUAAUUUCAUGUCUCUCUUAGUCUCGUUUCUUUUGUUUCUCUUGAUUAAAAUUUGUUUAAUUAGUUCUCAAUGCAACUACUACUCCAAAUUAUAGUGUUGUUAUAGAUUUAUUAUUUUCCAAAAUAACUACAGGAAAAUAUAUAUUUAGUGUCUUUAUAGAUAUGAUAUUUAAUUUAAUGUGGCAUUCAAAAAUUACAAGUGUACUACAAAGUAUAAAAAAUAUUUUGAACUACUAUUCUACUAGAGGAAACACAAGAUUAGGGGACCAAAAAAAAUUACAAGACAAAAACUAAAAAAAGUUCUUUAAAGUUUUACUUAACUUUUUAGGGAAGCUAAAUUUGCAAAAAUAGUUACGUCUUUAUUUUAAUGUUAUGCUUAUUUUUAUAUCACAUUUCACAAAUGCAUAUUUUUAUGGGACACCCCGAACCGUCCCGGUUUUUCUCGGGUUGUCCCGGUCCCGUUUUAAAUGGGACAACAUUGGGAUAAAGACUUAUCCUGUACCGUACCGUUAUUAUAAAACCGGGACGGGAUCGGGAUAGGUCAAAUCCCGAACCGUCCCGAACCGUGCCCACCCUAACUACAAUCAUACAUUUCCACUUUAAUCUCACUUUCUAAAUUUGCGAGCAAGGUUUGACUUGGAAGAAUUUAUUGGGACGGAGGUAGUAUCUUAAUUUUAUCGUUAUUUAUCUAGCUUUUUGGAAAAUUGUGUAAGGUAUAAUACAUCCCCUGAAUAUACCUAAUUACUGUUGCCGGCACUGUUUGGAACUGGCCCGGCUGGGCCCGGUUCGGCCCAUUUUUUGUUUUUUUUUCAAUUUUUUUUUGUUUUUCCC